CUGCCUAGUGAUUAAUUGGUCUGGCAGUUUAACCAACAACAAAAAUAGCCCGUCAACUCAAUAUCUUAAUUAUAUAGGUGAAUUCUUGCCACCCACAGAAAUUAAUAAACACAUUGCACACACACAUCUCACACACACACACCUAACACACACUGUGUGUGUUUGUUUGUUUGUUUGUUUGAAAACUCUCUGGACGUAUAAAUAAUUCCCAGAAUUCGUCGAGUGAACAAAGUACAGUGAACCCCCCACUAAUCAACGAAGCAACCCCCGAAAAGUGAAAGUGUUUUUGUAGCUGCCUGAAAAUGUGUGCAUUGGAGCCAGCUUACACACACACGCAUACCCCAAGGCACACUCCGGGACAGACUUUGAGGCACACUUUGAGGCACAAUUUGAGGCACAGAAUUGAUCCCAGUAGUCAGGCACAUUUGGCGCCGCACCACCGACAAAUACACCACCAACAGCAGCAGCAGCAACAGGCUGGCCAGAAUGCUGCUAGCCUGGCCAAAAGGACAACAGCAACAACAACAACAGCGAAAACAGUUAAGAGAACGCAUCUGCAGCUUUGGUAUUUGCUACAUGUGAUAUUAGUGCUAAUUGAUAUAACCAGCUCGCUGACAAUGACCGAGGUGAAGAUACCCAAUCACAUAAUGCGACUGAAGAGCGCCCUGCUCGGCUGUCGCUAUGCCCUCGAUGGAGAAUCCCUUUACUCCGUCAAGUGGUAUAAGGAUGGACACGAGAUCUAUCGCUAUGUGCCCAGGGAUAAGCCACCUGGACAGGCAUUCCCAUUGCCCGGCGUCAACAUCGAUCUGCGCAAUUCCUCGGACACACAGGUAAUGCUGCGACGUGUAACGCUCCAAAGUUCGGGACUCUAUCGAUGCGAGGUGUCCGGCGAGGCGCCCGCCUUCAAUACCGUCUCCGAGUCGGAAACAAUGACCGUAGUGGUGACUCCAAAUCAUGGCCCAAAGAUAUCCGGCGGGCAGCCACGCUAUCAAAUCGGGGACACUGUGCGAGUGAACUGCACCUCGGCACCUUCGAAGCCAGUUUGUCAUCUGAGCUGGCUCAUCAAUGGGGAGCCGGCACAGAAACAGCAUCUGAAGCAGUUCGACAAGAUUGUCGUCAAUCGGGAUGGACUCGAGAUGGCUCGACUCGGCUUGGAGUUUCGAGUGCGUGGCUUUCACUUCAGGCAUGGCGAUAUGAAACUCAAGUGUGUGGCCAAGAUUAGCUCACUCUACUGGCAGAGCAACGAGGAGAGCGUGGAGAGUGAUCGCCAGCAGCGGGCACCUGCUUUGGAGUCGCGUGAAACAGUCGCUGCCAAGUCCAGCACAAUUGGUGCCGCUGCCUCGAGGCAACCAUCGUUGCUACUUUCACUGCUGCUGCUUUGUGGCAUCGCCGGCUCCUGGAGUUGGCCACCUUUGGGAUCUGGAAGUUAACUGCCCAAAUUGCAGAUUCCUUCACUAAAAUUAGCAGCUAUCGCCGGAUGUCGUCAUAUCUGAGAAAUUACAGUGUAAAAGCAAAACAUAUCCUAUGCCAAAUUUCAUAGAAAAAUCUACAUACACUUUACUUACGACUACAUUGCGCUAACAUUAAAAGUAAAAAUGAAGAAAAACUUUAAGCAUUUAAUUCAAUUG